UGGACAGAGCCCAUUUUCAUGUGCUGCAGGUUGGGGGUUGUGCUAACAUGUUUGCUCUUGGUUGAUGGACAAGGUAGAGAGGCCAGGGAGUGAAAAUACUUAACAGUGAGAAGGGCAACGGCUAGGUGCCUGUUUCAUAGUCAUUGAGUGUGAAAGUUAGGGAGGUUCUCAGAUGCUCUGGACAUCUCUUUCCUUAGAGCCAGCUGUGUUACAGGUGAGCUCUCUGGAGGAAAUGGGAGGUGAUGGAAGGGAAUGGAAUAGUGCGUGUUUGCAUGAACGUGUGUAACUUCAUGCUUUGGGAGUUGGCAAGAGGAAGAGGGAGGGAAGGAGAGCAAAAUCCAGAAGGUCUUUCUUGUACCAGUGGGAUCCUGCUCUGAAUCUCCCGAAUCUUCCACUGUGAAUUGGGGUGGGGGGUGGGUGCUGGGGAAUAAAUCUUGUAUGAGAACAAUCUUUAAGAGACUGCCAUUGCAUGGUGUACUCCUUUAAUAGGUCUUCUCUUACUAAUCUGGUAAUAGCUAAUUUGGGGCCGUGACCACCUCAGAAGGGGAUACCCAGGUAGGUGUCAGGGGCUCACCUGCCCCUUCCUGUUUCUCCCUUAUGAAAGCAUUUCCCCUCCUACAACCAAGACAUCAGUACAACACCCUUGCUGGCGCUUGUCCCGUUAGGUUUUGUUUUGUUUUCUUCCAGAUUUAUGUACCUGAGCAUUUGCCUGCCUGCAUGCACACACACCACUACUUGCCUGGUGCCUGGGGGGUGGGGAAGGUCUGAUCUCUUGGAAAUGGAGUUACAAUUAGCAGUUACUUGAGUGCUAGGAACCAAACCAGGGUUGUCUCCAAGAAAACCAAAUGUGCCUGAUGGUGGCCCACACCUUUAAUCCCAGCACUGGGGAGGCAGAGGCAGGCGGAUCUCUGUGAGUUUGAGGCCAACCUGGACUAGAGAGUACCAGGACAGACUCCAGAGCUUCUGAGAAACCUUGUCUUGAAAAAAAGUGCUCUUAACUGCUGAACCAUCUCUCCAGCCUCAUUAUUCCAUCAUUUUUAACACUUUUUUUUUCCCUUUCUUUUUGCAAGACAGGGUUUUUCUGUUUAACAGCUCUGGCUAUCCUGUCUACUUUGUAGACCAGGCUGGGCUCAAACUUUCAGAGAUAAACCUGCCUCUGCCUCUCUAGUGCUGAAAUUAAAGGCGUGCGCCACCACUGCCCGGUUUCAUUCUUAACACUGCUCCUUAUAUAAGAGGAGACCAAAAAAAAAAAAAAAAAAAAAAGAUCUGAACAAAGGCUAAUUGAGUUUUACGCAGCAGAAGACUUGAAAAGUUAAUACUGUGCCUUUCCGCGGGACUCUGAGCUGCAAGGACAGCUGCUCUUUGACCUUCAGCAGACCUCAGAAACUAGAAAUAUUUAUUUCAGGCUCCACCGGACUGACCACCGAGGUCGGGAAUGGAAAGCACCUGUCAGGUGUUGCUGCGGGGGCUAACUGGCUACUUGUGGCUUGAGUAGUAGCCUCUACUCCCUAGCGCCGUUUUGGGCGUUCAAACCACCGCUGGUGUCGAGCGCCCCCUACACGCGACACACGGAAACGGGCGCUGUUUGGUGCUCCUUUUCCUAGCCACGCUCCCGGGGGGUGCACCCGGUGACUCUGAGCGGCGCGGGAGCUGGGACCCUGAGGUUCCUUCCCCUUCCCACCCCUGGGCCAAGUUCCGGAUCACGAGUGCUCACAUACGGCAACUUAAAGUGGAAGGGGCCACUCGGUCCAGCCAGUGACCUGUCGCAAAGGCUGACGCUCAGUUUCUAGACCGCGCCGGUUGGGUGGGUGGGGGGCGGCCUACGGGGUCCCGGAAGGUAAGGGCGCAUUUCCUGAAGACUUCAGCCAAUAAGCGUUAAGAUUUUCCUCCACCGGAAGGCGCUGUCUCCCGGAGCAACCAACCAGACCGCUGUCUUCAGUUUGGUGGCGGGAAAACGCCAUGAGUAAAAGCCGGGCCGAGGCUGCGGCCGGAGCCCCCGGGAUCAUCCUGAGGUACCUGCAGGAACAAAACCGGCCCUACAGCGCGCAGGACGUAUUCGGAAACCUGCAGAAGGAACAUGGACUGGGCAAGGCGGCGGUGGUGAAGGCGCUGGAUCAGUUGGCCCAGGAAGGGAAGAUUAAAGAGAAGACGUACGGCAAACAGAAAAUUUAUUUUGCCGAUCAGGACCAGUUUGACGCAGUGAGUGAUGCUGACCUCCACAGCCUCGAUGCCAAAAUUGCAGCCCUCACUGCCAAGGUGCAGAGCUUACAGCAAAGCUGCCGCCACAUGGAGGCUGAGCUGAAGGAAUUAACAAAUGCGCUGACCACUCCUGAGAUGCAGAAAGAGAUCCAGGAAUUAAAGAAUGAAUGUGCUCGUUAUACUGAGAGGCUAAAGAACAUCAAAGCAGCCACCAACCAUAUCACUCCAGAAGAGAAAGAGGAGGUGAGCGGGGAGGCUGGAGUCUGCCUGUGCAGGUCUGGAGUGAACAUGAGGUGCACAGACGGCCGUGGUUCUUCCUUGCAGGUGUACAAAGACAGACAGAAGUAUUGUAAAGAGUGGAGGAAGCGGAAGAGAAUGGUGAGUGAGAGCUCCCAGGGUGGCUUCGGAGGUGCUGGGACGUUUCUGUACAAAAGGAUCCAGCAGCAGCAGGCAGCACCCUGUGCUGCUUCUGCCCAACUGAAAGGGGCUUUCUUCCUUGUCAGACCACCGAGCUGUGUGAUGCCAUCCUUGAAGGAUACCCCAAGAGCAAGAAACAGUUCUUUGAGGAAGUCGGGAUAGAGACAGAUGAAGAUCAUAAUGUCACACUCCCAGACCCUUGAGGGGCCCUUGGUGGAGUCUGGGAGCAGAUGUCCCGGGCUGGCUGCCUCGUUUAGGUGGCUGUAUUGCUUUUGCUGGUCUUCACCUUUGAGUGGUGGGGAGGGAAGUACAAAGCUGGUAGUCAGAAAGAGAUGCUCAUGUCCAUUCUGUUGUCCGUAUUACAGAGGCCUCCGCAAGGACUUAGAACAAUCCUAAGGGAAAUUAUCUAGAAUAUUUAUUGCAAUAUAAUUUGAUAUAAAAAUA